CCCGCCCUGCGCGCUGUCCUCGGAGCCCGGCGGCGGGCUCCCCGCAGCCCUGCAUCCGCUCGCGCCGGGCGACGGAGACGGCGCCGGCCAUUCGCUCGCUGCGCCGCCUGGAGCCUGGGCCAGCCCGGCAGAGAGAAGGUUCCUGAGUUUAUUUGAAGAGGAAGGAGAAGAAGUGGUUUCACCUUUGGGAGUGCUGUCUCUGCCUGGCUGCCCCCGUGCCUGGGGUUGCAUCAUGACCCCAUUGAUCCAGUGAAGUUCAAGGUGUUUUCUGGAGCAGCCUAGUCCUGCUCUGCCUGGAGCAAGCGUCUCUGCUGUGGGUUUCAUGCUGCAGCGGGGACCAUGGCAGCCUCCAGGACGGCCUCUCGGUCUCCGCGGGACAUUGCCAACGUGAUGCAGAGGCUGCAAGAUGAGCAAGAGAUAGUACAAAAACGAACUUUCACAAAAUGGAUCAACUCUCAUCUGGCCAAGCGGAAACCUGCACUGGUGGUAGAAGAUCUUUUUGAAGACAUGAAAGAUGGUGUUAAGCUGCUUGCUCUCCUGGAAGUCCUGUCUGGGCAGAAACUGCCGUGUGAGCAAGGACGCCGUAUGAAGCGGAUCCACGCUGUGGCUAACAUUGGCACCGCGCUGAAGUUCCUAGAAGGAAGGAGGAUCAAAUUAGUCAACAUUAACUCCACUGACAUUGCUGAUGGCCGACCCUCAAUAGUUCUGGGACUGGUGUGGACCAUUAUUCUCUAUUUCCAGAUCGAGGAGCUGACCAGCAACCUGCCGCAGCUGCAGUCCCUGUCCAGCAGCACAUCCUCUGUGGACAGCACGGUCAGCUCCGAGGCCGCCAGCCCCCCCAGCAAGCGGAAGGUGGCCACCAAGAUCCAAGGAAACGCCAAGAAGGCUUUGUUAAAGUGGGUUCAGUACACAGCAGCCAAGCAUACUGGAAUAGAAAUCAAAGACUUUGGGCGGAGUUGGAGAAACGGGGUUGCCUUUCAUUCAGUCAUCCAUGCUAUUCGGCCAGAGCUAGUGGACUUGGAGAGGGUGAAAGGAAGGUCCAAUCGAGAAAACCUGGAGGAGGCUUUCACCAUUGCUGAAACGGAGCUGGGGAUCCCCAGGUUACUAGAUCCUGAAGACGUUGAUGUGGAUAAACCAGAUGAGAAGUCUAUUAUGACCUAUGUAGCCCAGUUUCUGAAACACUAUCCUGACGUCCACAAUACAGGCACUGAUGGGCUAGAGAAUGAUGAAAUAUUUCCAGAUUUCCUACUUUUUGCAAAUUCUAUCCAAAAUCUUAAGAGAGAAGACAGGCUAAUGCUGAAGGAAACAAAAGUUUGGAUAGAGCAAUUCGAAAGAGAUUUGACAAGGGCACAGAUGAUAGAAGCAAACUUGCAGGAUAAAUAUCAGUCAUUCAAGCACUUCAGAGUCCAAUAUGAAAUGAAAAGGAAACAGAUUGAACAUUUAAUACAACCAUUACAGAGAGACGGUAAAUUGUCACUUGACCAAGCAUUGGUGAAACAGUCCUGGGAUCGAGUGUCCUCCAGGCUCUUUGAUUGGCAUAUACAGCUGGAUAAAUCUCUCCCUGCACCGCUGGGCACUAUAGGUGCCUGGUUGUACAGGGCAGAGGUGGCCCUGCGGGAGGAAAUAACCAUUCAGCAGGUCCAUGAGGAAACCGCCAACACAAUACAGCGGAAGCGUGAGCAGCACAAGGAUCUGCUUCAAAACACAGAUGCCCACAAAAGAGCCUUCCAUGAAAUCUACCGGACCCGGUCGGUCAACGGGAUCCCAGUGCCACCUGACCAGCUAGAGGACAUGGCCGAGAGGUUUCAUUUCGUUUCCUCCACAUCAGAACUGCACUUAAUGAAAAUGGAAUUUCUAGAAUUAAAGUACCGUCUGCUCUCACUGCUGGUUCUUGCAGAGUCGAAGCUGAAGUCUUGGAUCAUCAAAUACGGGAGGAGAGAGUCGGUGGCGCUGCUGCUGCAGAACUACAUCACUUUUAUAGAAAACAGCAAGUUCUUUGAACAAUAUGAAGUGACAUACCAGAUCUUGAAACAGACAGCAGAGAUGUACGUCAAAGCCGAUGGUUCAGUGGAAGAAGCCGAGAAUGUGAUGAAAUUCAUGAAUGAAACCACUGCGCAGUGGAGGAACCUGUCGGUGGAAGUCCGCAGCGUGCGGAGCAUGCUGGAGGAAGUCAUCGCCAACUGGGAUCGCUAUGGCGACACCGUGGCUGGGCUGCAGGCCUGGCUAGAGGAUGCCGAAAAAAUGCUAAGUCAAUCGGAGCUAGCCAAAAAGGACUUUUUUCGAAAUUUGCCUCAUUGGAUACAGCAACACUCUGCCAUGAACGAUGCUGGCAAUUUUCUCAUUGAAACGUGUGACGAGGUGGUUUCCCGUGACCUUAAACAGCAGUUAUUAUUGCUCAAUGGGCGCUGGAGGGAGUUGUUCAUGGAAGUCAAGCAAUAUGCGCGAGCUGAUGAGGUGGACAGGAUGAAGAGGGAAUACACAGACUGUGUCACUGCCCUGUCUGACUUUGCAACUGAAGCCCACAGGAAGCUUUCUGAACCCUUGGAAGUCUCUUUUAUUAACGUCAAGUUAUUAAUUCAAGACCUGGAGGACAUUGAGCAGAGGAUACCUGUGAUGGAUGCUCAGUACAAGAUCCUCACAAAGACAGCGCACCUCGUUACCAAAGAGAGCUCCCAAGAAGAAGCUAAGGAAAUGUUUGCGACCAUGUCUGGGCUCAAAGAGCAGCUGACCAAGGUCAAAGAACGUUACUCCCCACUCCUGUAUGAGUCUCAGCAGCUGUCAGUUCUGCUGGAGGAAUUAGAAAAGCAGAUGACGCUCUUCUAUGACUCACUUGGGAAAGUCAGUGAGAUUAUAACAGUGCUUGAGCACGAGGCACAGUCUAGUGCUCUUUUUAAACAAAAACACCAGGAGCUCCUAGCUUGUCAGGAAAGCUGUAAGAAGGCCAUGGCACACAUUGAGAAAGGCAGUCAGAGUGUUCAGAAGUUUGUGACCUUGAGCCACGUGCUGAAGCAUUUUGAUCAGACGAAGCUGCAGAGAAAGACAGCCGAAGCCCACGUGGCCUUCCAGAAUAUGGUCAAGAAAACUGGAGACUGGAAGAAACAUGUGGAAACCAACAGCCGCCUGAUGAAGAAGUUUGAGGAGUCGCGGGCGGAGCUGGAGAAGGUGCUGCGGGUGGCGCAGGAGGGCCUGGAGGAGAAGGGGGACCCGGAAGAGCUCCUGCGGAGACACACCGAGUUCUACGGUCAGCUGGACCAGAGGGUGCUCAAUGCCUUCCUGAAAGCCUGCGACGACCUCACGGACAUCCUGCCUGAGCAGGAGCAGGCGGGCCUGCAGGAGGCGGUGAGGAAGCUGCACAAGCAGUGGAAGGAUCUUCAAGGAGAAGCCCCAUAUCAUUUGCUCCAUCUGAAGAUCAAGGUGGAGGAGAAUAAAUUUUUGGCCUGUGUGGAAGAAUGCAGAACUGAGCUGGCCCGGGAGACCAAGCUGGUGCCCCAGGAAGGCAGUGAAAAGAUGAUUACAGAGCACAGGAUCUUCUUCAGUGACAAAGGGCCACAUCACCUCUGCGAGAAAAGGCUGCAGCUCAUUGAGGAGCUGUGUCUGAAGCUCCCAGGCCGGGACCCAGUAAGGGACACGCCUGGAGCCUGUCAGGCGACGCUCAAGGAGCUCAGGGCUGCCAUCGAGAGCACCUACACGCAGCUGGUGGAGGACCCCGACAAGUGGAAGGAUUACACCAGCAGAAUUUCCGAGUUCUCAUCUUGGAUCGCUGCAAAGGAGACACAGCUGAAGGGGAUUAAGAAGGAGGCCAUCGAUACUGCCAACCAUGGAGAGGUGAAGCGGAUGGUUGAGGAGAUAAGAAAUGGUGUUACCCAAAAAGGCGAGACUCUUGGCUGGCUGAGAUCCAGGCUUCAAGUUUUGAUUGAAGUUUCUUCUGAGAAAGAAGCCCAGAAGCAGGGCGAUGAGCUGGCGAAAGUAUCUAGUUCCUUCAAAGCUCUCACAGCUUUAUUGUCAGAGGUUGAAAAGAUGUUAAGCAGUUUCGGGGACUGUGUCCAGUACAAAGAAAUCGUCAAGAGUUCCCUCAAAGAGUUAAUUUCUGGCUCCAAGGAAGUCCAGGAGCAAGCGGAGGAGAUCUUGGGCACGGAAAACCUGUUUGAAGCGCAGCAGCUACUCCUUCAUCACCAGCAAAAGACAAAGAGAAUCUCUGCAAAGAAGAGGGACGUGCAGCAGCAGAUGACGCAGGCCGGGCAGGGAGAAGGCGGGCUGCCCGGCCCGGUGCAGGAGGAGCUGCGGAAGCUGGAGAGCACCCUGGACGGCCUGGAGCGCAGCAGGGAGAGGCAAGAGCGCCGCAUCCAGGUCACAUUAAGAAAAUGGGAGCGAUUUGAAACCAACAAAGAGACAGUGGUCAGAUACCUUUUUCAAACAGGUUCCAGCCAUGAGCGCUUCUUGAGUUUUAGCAGUUUGGAAAGUUUGUCUUCAGAACUGGAACAGACAAAGGAGUUUUCUAAGCGGACAGAAGGUAUUGCAGUCCAGGCUGAGAGCCUUGUGAAGGAAGCUUCAGAGAUACCACUUGGGCCCAAGAAUAAGCAGCUGCUCCAACAGCAGGCCAAGUCAAUCAAAGAACAAGUCAAAAAGUUAGAAGACACCCUCGAAGAAGAUAUUAAAACCAUGGAAAUGGUGAAAAACAAGUGGGAACAUUUUGGCAAUAAUUUUGAGACCCUGUCCGUCUGGAUAAGUGAGAAAGAAAAAGAGCUCAAUGCCUUGGAAACUACGCCAUCUGCCAUGGACAUGCAAACCAACCAGAUUAAGGUCACGAUUCAGGAAAUAGAAAGUAAGAUCGGCAGCAUCACAGGGCUGGAAGAAGAAGCACAGUCUUUUGCCCAGUUUAUUACCACUGGAGAAUCAGCCCGCAUCAAGGCCAAGUUGACACAACUAAGAAGAUACUGGGAAGAACUUCGAGAGCACGCACAGGGUCUGGAAGGAACAAUCCUGGGACAGGUCUCUCAGCAGCAAAAGUUUGAAGAGAAUCUUAGAAAGGCCCAGCAGUCUGUGUCUGAAUUUGAAGAUAAACUUGCUGAUCCAAUUAAAACAUGUUCUUCAGCUACAGAAACAUACAAAGCUCUCCAAGAACAUAUGGAUCUCUGCCAGGCCCUGGAGUCCCUGAGCAGUGCCUUGGCCGCUCUCUCUGCUGGUGCCCAGAAGGUCGUGAGCAGAGGCUGCUCCGUCCAGGAGGCCGCGGCCCUGCAGCAGAGAUACCAGGGGCUGCUGAGUCGGGCGAAGGAGAGACAGACGGCGCUGGAGAACCUGCUGGCCCACUGGCAGCGCCUGGAGAAAGAGCUGUCGACCUUUCUGACCUGGCUGGAGCGCUGCGAAGCCAUAGCCAGCUCCCCGGAAGUGGACGUCACUGCAGACAGGGUCAAAGUGGAGAGUGAACUUCAACUGACACAGGCACUGCAGAGUGAAGUUGCAUCCCAGGCCUCCGUCUACAGCAACCUUGUGCAACGGAAGGAAUCACUGUUCUCAGUGGCCUCCAAAGAUGAUGUGAAAAUGAUGAAACUACAUUUGGAGCAGUUGGAUGAGAGAUGGAGAGUUUUGCCACAGAUACUUAGCAAAAGACUUCACUUCCUGCAGUCUGUGGUCGCCGAGCACCAGCAGUUUGAUGAAUUGCUGCUUUCCUUCUCCAUCUGGAUUAAGCAGUUUCUCAGUGAAUUACAAGCCACGUCUGAGAUCAGCUUAAUGGACCAUCAGGCAGCUGUAACCCGGCACAAGGACCACGCAGCAGAAGUCGAAAGCAAAAGGGGGGAACUGCAAAGUCUGCAGGGGCACCUGGCGAAGCUGGGCGCUCUGGGUCGAGCCGAGGACCUUCACGUCCUGCAGGGCAAAGCAGAGGACUGCUUCCAGCUGUUUGAGGAGGCCGGCCAGGUGGUGGAGAGGCGGCAGCUGGCCCUGGCCCAGCUGGCUGGGUUCCUGCAGACCCACACCUCUCUGUCAGAGGCGCUCCACCAGCUGAGGCAGACGGUGGAAGCAACCGACAGUAUGAAUAAGAAGCAGACUGACUUAUUAGAAAAGGACCUGCAUGACGCGAUUCAAGACGUGAAGAUGUUAGAAUCUACGGCCAUCGGUCUGGACGGCAUUCUUACCAAAGCCCAAUACCAUCUUAAAUGUGGAAGCUCUGAGCAAAGGACUUCCUGCAGAACCUCAGCUGAUCACCUCUGCUUGGAGUUAGAGAGGAUCCAGAACCUUCUGGGAACCAAGCAGAGUGAGGCAGACGCCCUGGCAGCAUUGAAGAAAGCAUUCCACGACCAGAAAGAGGAGCUGCUAAAAAGCAUCGAGGACAUCGAAGAGAGGGCUGACAAAGAGCGUCUGAAAGAACCCACCCGCCAGGCGCUUCAACAGAGGUUGAGAGUCUUCAAUCAGUUAGAAGAUGAGCUGAAUUCUCAUGAGCAUGAGCUAUGUUGGUUGAAAGACAAAGCUAAGCAAAUUGCUCAGAAAGACGUAGCCUUUGCCCCUAAAGUUGAUACAGAGAUAAAUCGCUUGGAGGUCACCUGGGAUGAUACCAAAAAGCUCAUUCAUGAAAACCAGGGCCAAUGCUGUGGGCUUAUUGACUUAAUGAGAGAUUAUCAGAACUUGAAGUCAGCUGUAUCUAAAGUUCUAGAACAUGCCAGCAAUGUGAUUGCAACCAGAACUACUAUAAAGGAUGAGGAGGAUCUUAAAUGGGCCUUAUCCAAGCAUGAAACUGCCAGAAACGAAAUGUGUAAGGAGCAGAAAGAAUUGGAUGACUUCACCAGUAAAGGAAAGCAGUUGUUAUCUGAGCUGAAAAAAAUUCACAGUAGUGACUUCAUCUUGGUGAAAACAGACAUGGAGAGCACUAUGGACAGAUGGCUGGAUGUGUCAGAGAGAAUCGAGGAAAACAUGGAUCGGCUGAGGGUAAGCCUGUCCCUUUGGGCUGAUAUUCUCUCGAGUAAGGACGAGAUCGAAGGCUGGUCGAACAGUUCUGUCCCUCAGCUGGCCGAGAGCAUCAGCAACCUGAACAACAGCCUCAGAACAGAGGAGUUCCUGAAGGAGUUUGAGUCUGAAGUUAGAAACAAUGCAUUGAAACUGGAAGACCUUCAUGCUAAAGUGAAUGACCUAAAAGAAUUAACGAAAAAUCCGGACACUCCAUCAGACCUUCAGUUUAUAGAAGCGGACCUAAGGCAGAAACUGGAGCACGCCAAAGAAAUAACCGAAGACGCCAAAGGGACCUUGAAAGAUUUCAGGGCUCAGAGCACACAAGUGGAAAAAUUUGUUAACGACAUAACAACCUGGCUGGCGAAACUAGAAGAGUCCCUGGUGAACUGCGCCCAAACUGAGACUUGUGAAGGGCUGAAGAAAGUAAAGGAAAUGCAGAAAGAACUUCAAAGCCAGCAAAGCAACAUCAGCUCCACCCAAGAAAACCUCAAUAGUUUGUGCCGCAAGUACCAUUCGGCGGAGCUGGAGCGCCUGGGCGGGGCAAUGACGGGCCUGACCAAGAAACACGAAGCUGCCAGCCAGCUGUGCUCCAGGACACAGGCCAGCCUUCAGGAUUCUCUGGAGAAACACUUCCAUGAGUCCAUGAAGGAAUUCCAAGAAUGGUUUUCUGGAAUAAAAGCAGCAGCAAAAAAAUCAUCAGACAGAACUGGUGACAGCAAAGUUCUAGAGGCGAAGCUUCGCGACCUUCAGACCAUUUUGGACUCGGUCGGUGAUGGGCAGCGCAAGCUGGAUGCUGUGACUCAGGAAGGACAAACGUUGUAUGCACAUUUGCCUAAGCAAAUGGUCAGUAGCAUUCAGGAGCAGAUUACCAAGGCAAAUGAGGAGUUUCAAGCUUUUCUGAGACAAUGCCUCAAAGACAAGCAGGCUCUUCAAGACUGCGCUCUGGAACUUGGGAGCUUUGAGGACCAGCACAGAAAACUGAAUUUAUGGAUCCAUGAAAUGAAUGAGAGGUUAAGCUCAGAAAACUCAGGAGAGAGUAAACAGCACAUUCCUGAGAAGAAAAACGAAGUUCAUAGGGUUGAAAUGUUUCUGGGUGAACUCCUGGCUGCCAGAGAGUCUCUGGACAAGCUCUCGCAGCGCGGGCAGCUGCUCAGCGAGGAAGGCCACGGCGCCGGGAAGGAAGGGCGCCUGUGCUCCCAGCUGCUCACCAGCUACCAGGGCCUGGUCAGGAUGACCAAGGAGAAGCUGCGCCGCUGCCAGGCGGCCCUGCAGGAGCACGAGGCCCUGGAGGAGGCCCUGCAGAGCAUGUGGGCCUGGGUGAAGGGCGUGCAAGACAAGCUGGCCUGCGCAGACAGCACCGUGGGAAGCAAGGACACCCUGGAAAAACGGCUGUUACAGAUACAGGACAUCCUCCUGAUGAAAGGGGAAGGGGAAGUCAAGCUGAAUAUGGCCAUUGGCAAAGGGGAACAGGCCUUGAGAAGUAGCAACAAAGAAGGUCAGAAGGUGAUCCAGACCCAGCUGCAGACCCUUACAGACGUGUGGGCCAACAUCAUGAGCUCCUCCGUCCACGCUCAGAGCACUUUAGAGGCUGUGAUUAGCCAAUGGAAUGACUACCUGGAGUGGAAAAACCAGUUGGAGCAGUGGAUGGAAUCCGUAGACCAAAAAGUGGAGCAUCCCUUGAAACCGCAGCCAGGUCUGAAAGAGAAGUUUUGCCUUCUGGACCACUUCCAGUGCAUCGUCUCGGAGGGGGAGGAUCACGCCGCAGCCCUGCACCGCCUCACUGCCAGGUCCAGGGAGCUCUACCAGAAGACUGAGGAUGCGUCCUUCACAGAGACGGCUCAAGAGGAGCUGAAAACACAGUUUAAUGAUAUAAUGACCGUUGCCAAGGAGAGAAUGCGGAGCGCGGAGGAGAUGGUGAAGGACCACCUCCUGUAUGUGGAUGCCGUGCAGGAGUUCACAGACUGGCUCCACUCGGCCAAGGAGGAGCUUCACCGCUGGUCGGACCCGUCUGGAGACUCGUCCGCCACCCAGAAAAAAUUGUCUAAAAUUAAGGAGCUGAUGGAUUCCAGAGAGACCGGGGCCAGCCGCCUGAGCAGAGUGGAGUCCCUGGCUCCCGCCGUGAAGCAGCUCACAGCGGCCAGCGGGAGCGAGCUCCUGGACACAGAGAUGCAGGCCCUGCGCGCCGACUGGCAGCAGUGGGAAGACAGCGUGCUCCGGACGCAGGGCAGCCUGGAGAGCCUGGCCAGCCAGAUGGCCCUUUCGGAGCAGGCGUUCUCAGGCCGAGUGGCCGCCCUGGAGCAGGCCCUGGAGCAGCUCGGCACCCUUCUCACAACGUGGGCUCAGCAGCUAGCCCUCCUGGAAGGCAAGAACACAGAUCAGGAGAUAGUGGAGAGCUGGGAGAAGGGGCGCGAGAUACUGGAUGCUCUACACAAAGCAGAGCCUAAGACAGAGGAUCUCAAGUCUCAGCUGAAUGAACUUUGUCGAUUUUCCAAAGACCUGAGUCCAUACAGUGGAAAAGUUUCUGCCUUGAUUAAAGAAUAUAAUUGCCUUUGUUUGCAAGCAUCCAAGGGCUGUCAGAAUAAAGAACAGAUUUUGCAGCAAAGAUUUCGAAGAGCCUUCAAGGAUUUCCAGCAGUGGUUGGUUAAUGCAAAAAUCACUACCGCCAAAUGUUUUGAUAUACCUCAAAAUAUUAGUGAAGUUCAAACAAGUCUUCAGAAAAUACAGGAGUUUUCAUCAGAAAGUGAGAAUGGACAGCACAAGCUAAAUGUGAUGCUAUCUAAAGGAGAACUUUUGAGUUCUCUGCUGACCAAAGAGAAAGCUAAUGGUAUCCAGGCGAAAAUUGCAAAUGCAAAAGAGGAUUGGAAAAAUUUUCAUUCAAAUCUUCACCAAAAGGAAUCUAUCCUAGAGAAUCUAAAGAUCCAAAUGAAGGACUUCGAAGUCAGCGCCGAGCCCGUGCAGGACUGGCUGAGUAAAACCGAGAAGAUGGUGCACGAAAGCAGCAACCGCCUGUACGACCUGCCGGCCAAGAGGAGGGAGCAGCAGAAGCUCCAGUCUGUCCUUGAGGAAAUAAACUGCUACGCGCCUCAGCUCCACAGGCUAAAAGAGAAAGCGCAGCAGCUGUGGGAAGGACAAGCUGCCAGCAAGAGCUUUAUGCACAGAGUGUCGCAGCUGUCUGCUCAGUAUCUAGCGCUAAGCAAUGUGACAAAGGAGAAAGUGUCGAGACUGGAUAGAAUUGUUGCAGAACACAGUCAGUUCUCCCUCGGCGUGAAAGAGCUGCAAGACUGGAUGACAGACGUGGUUCACAUGCUGGAGUCUUACUGCCACCCCACCUCCGACAAGAGCGUGCUGGACAGCAGGAUGCUGAAACUGGAGUCUCUAUUAUCGGUGAAACAGGAAAAGGAGAUCCAGAUGAAAAUGAUCGUGACCAGAGGGGAAUCCGUCCUGCAGAGCACGGCUCCGGAAGGCAUCCCCGCUCUCCAGCAGCAGCUGCAGAGCGUGAAGGAUGUGUGGGCGUCCCUUUUGUCUGCGGCCAUCCGUUGCAAAAGUCAACUGGAGGGAGCUCUCUCUAAGUGGACAAGUUACCAGGAUGACGUCCGGCAGUUUUCCGGUUGGAUGGACAGUGUGGAAGCCAGCUUGAACGAAUUGGAAAGGCCGUGCGCAGAACUGCGGGAAAAGACAGCUGCUCUCGGGAAAGCCAAGUUAUUAAAUGAAGAAAUACUGAGUCACAGCAGCUUACUGGAAACCAUUGAAGUCAAAGGAGCUGGCAUGACGGAGCACUAUGUCACCCAGUUAGAGCUCCAGGAUCUGCAGGAACGGUACAGAGCCAUCAAGGAGAGAGCCAAGGAAGCAGUAACGAAGUCUGAAAAACUAGUUCGCCUGCACCAAGAGUAUCAGAGAGACCUAAAGGCAUUUGAAAUUUGGCUGGAGCAAGAACAAGAAAAGCUGGAACGAUACUCACUUCUUGAAGGUGAUACCCAUACUCAUGAAACCACAUUGCGGGAUCUUCAGGAGCUGCAGGUGCACUGCGCCGAGGGGCAGGCGCUGCUGAACUCGGUGCUGCACACCCGAGAGGAAGUGAUCCCCUCGGGCCUCCCCCAGACGGAGGACCGGGCGCUGGAAUCUCUCCGGCAGGAGUGGCAGGCUCACCAGCAGAGGCUGUCCGAGACCCGGACGCAGUUCAACAAUGUCGUCAACAAGCUGAGGCUGAUGGAACAGAAGUUCCAGCAGGUGGACGGGUGGCUGAGAGCCCUGGAGGAGAAAGUGAGUCUCAGGGCUGGUCGUCAGUCCAACCGGGCAGCCAAGGAGGCGCAGUUACAUCAGAUGAAGAAGUGGCACGAGGAGAUCACCACCUACAGAGACGAAGUGGAGGACGUGGGAGCCAGAGCCCAGGAGAUCCUGGAUGAGCGCCGUGUGAGCAGCCGGCUGGGCUGCCAGGCCACCCAGCUGACGUCCAGAUACCAGGCCCUUCUUCUCCAAGUGCUGGAACAAAUAAAAUUCCUGGAGGAAGAGAUCCAGAGUUUGGAGGAAGCCGAGUCGUCUCUAAGCUCCUAUUCUCAUUGGUACAGCUCUACUCAUAAAAACUUCAAGAAUGUGGCUGCCAAAAUUGAUAAAGUAGAUAAGGCGAUGAUGGGGAAAAAGAUGAAGACGCUGGAGGGCCUGCUAAAAGACAUGGAGAAAGGCCACAGUUUGCUGAAGUCGGCCCGGGAGAAAGGAGAGAGGGCUCUGGCAUACCUGGAGGACAGCGAGGCAGACGCUUUAAGAAGCAAGAUCCAUGGUCACGUGGAGCAAUUGAACGAGCUGACCAGCACUGUUCGGAAGGAGCACAUGACCCUGGAGAAAGGCCUUCAUUUAGCAAAGGAAUUCUCGGAUAAAUAUAAAGCACUUACUCAGUGGAUCGCCGAAUACCAAGAAAUCCUGCACGUUCCUGAGGAGCCCAAAAUGGAAUUAUAUGAGAAAAAGGCUCAGUUAUCUAAGUACAAGUCACUUCAACAGACAGUGCUGUCCCAUGAAUCAUCGGUGAAAUCAGUGAGAGAGAAAGGUGAUGCUCUUCUGGACCUGGUGCAGGACGGUGCUUUGAAGGAUAAGAUCGCUAAGCUUCAAAGUGACUAUCAGGCCCUCUGCAGCGCGGGAAAGGACCAUGUUCACAGUCUUGAGGUGAAGGUCAAAGACCAUGAAGACUACAACAGUGAGCUCCAGGAGGUGGAAAAGUGGCUGCUGCAGAUGUCCGGCAGGCUGGUGGCCCCUGACCUCAUGGACACAAGCAGCCUAGAGACAAUCACCCAGCAACUGGCCCACCACAAGGCAAUGAUGGAAGAAAUUGCCGGCUUUGAGGACCGUCUGAACAACCUGAAAGCUAAAGGCGACACUUUGAUCAGCCAGUGUGCAGAGCACCUCCAAGCGAAACUUUCACAACACGUGCAGGCGCAUCUGCAGGGCACGAGGGACAGCUACUCCGCCAUCUGCAGCACCGCCCAGCGGGUGUACCAGAGUUUGGAACAUGAACUGCAGAGGCAUGUCAGUCGCCAAGACACGCUGCAGCAAUGCCAGGCCUGGCUGUCCGCCAUCCAACCUGAUUUAAAGCCAAGCCCGCACCCCCCUCUGAGCAGGGCAGAAGCCGUGAAGCAGGUCAAGCACUUCAGAGCUUUGCAGAAGCAGGCCAGGACCUACUUGGACCUCCUCUGCUCCAUGUGCGACUUGUCGAACUCUUCAGUGAAAACCACGGCAAAAGACAUUCAACAAACAGAGCAAAUGAUCGAACAAAGGCUUGCCCAGGCUCAGACCUUAACUCAGGGCUGGGAGGAGAUCAAGCACAUGAAGGCUGAGCUUUGGAUUUACCUCCAGGACGCCGACCAGCAACUGCAGAAUAUGAGGCGGAGACACGCGGAACUGGAGCUCAAUAUUGCACAGAACAUGGUUUCCCAAGUGAAGGAUUUUGUUAAGAAACUACAGUGCAAACAGGCGUCGGUGACGGCUAUUACAGAAAAGGUGGAUGAGUUAACCAAGAAGCAGGAGUCUCCUGAACACAAGGAGAUCAGUCAUCUGAACGACCAGUGGCUGGAUCUGUGCCUUCAGGCCAACAGCCUGUGCUUGCAAAGGGAAGAGGAUCUCCAGAGGACAAGAGACUACCAUGACUGCAUGAGCGUCGUCGAGGUGUUCUUGGAAAAAUUUACUACAGAAUGGGAUAACUUGGCCAGAUCCGAUGCAGAGAGCACUGCGGUCCACCUGGAAGCUCUGAAGAAGCUGGCAUCGGCCUUGCAGGAGAGGAAGCAGGCCAUUGAGGACCUGAAAGACAGGAAGCAGAGCGUGAUCGAGCAUCUGAAUUUAGAUGACAGGGACCUAGUCAAAGAGCAGACGCGUCACCUUGAACAGCGUUGGACUCAGCUGGAGGACCUCAUUAGCAGGAAAAUCCAAGUCUCGGUCGCCAACCUGGAGGAGCUGAGCGUGGUGCAGGCCAGGUUCCAGGAGCUGAUGGAGUGGGCGGAGGAGCAGCAGCCCAGCAUCGCCGAGGCCCUCAAGCAGAGCCCCCCUCCCGACGUGGCUCCCAACCUUCUCAUGGACCACCUCACCGUCUGCAGUGAACUGGAGGCCAAGCAGAUGCUCCUGAAAUCCCUCACGAAGGAUGCGGACAGGGUGAUGGCGGAUCUCGGCCUGAACGAGCGGCAGGUCGUCCAGAAGGCGCUCGCGGAUGCACAGAGGCAUGUCCAUUGUCUCAGUGACCUCGUGGGCCAGAGACGCAAGUACCUGAACAAGGCCCUGUCCGAGAAGACCCAGUUUCUCAUGGCGCUGUUCCAGGCGACCAGCCAGAUCCAGCAGCACGAGCGAAAGAUACUGUUUCGCGAGCACAUCUGCCUGUUACCGGACGACGUGAGCAAGCAGAUCAAAGCCUGUAGGAGCGCCCAGGCCAGCCUCAAGACCUACCAAAAUGAAGUCACUGGCCUCUGGGCGCAGGGCCGUGAGUUGAUGAAAGGAGCCACAGAGCAGGACAAGGGCGAAGUGCUGGGCAAGCUCCAGGACCUGCAGGGCGUGUACGACGCCGUCCUGCAGAAGUGCAGCCAGAGGCUCCAAGAGCUGGAGAAGAGCUUCGUGUCUAGGAAGCAUUUCAAGGAAGAUUUUGAUAAAGCUUGUCACUGGCUGAAACAAGCAGACAUUGUCACCUUUCCUGAGAUCAACCUAAUGAAUGAGAGUUCAGAGCUGCAGGCGCAACUGGCCAAAUACCAGCACCUCCUGGAGCAAUCUCCGGAGUACGAAAGCCUCCUCCUGACCCUGCAGAGGACCGGGCAGGCCAUACUGCCCUCGCUGAGCGAAGUCGAUCAUUCCUACCUGGACGAGAAGCUGAACGCUCUGCCCCAGCAAUUUAACGUCAUCAUCGCCUUGGCCAAAGACAAGUUCUACAAGGUCCAGGAGGCCAUUCUCGCUCGGAGAGAGUACGCCUCCUUGAUCGAGCUGACCGCCCAGUCUCUGAGCGACCUGGAGGGCCAGUUCUUAAAGAUGAGCCCAGUCCCCAGCGCCCUGACGGUGGAGGAGGCGCUGUGCCUUCAGGAGGGCUGCAGGGCGCUCCUGGGCGAGGUGGCGGGCCUCGGGGAGGCCGUGGAUGAGCUGAGCCAGAAGAAGGAAAGCUUCCGCAGCACAGGGCAGCCGUGGCAGCCCGACAGGAUGCUGCAGCUCAUGGCCUCGUACCACAGGCUGAAGCGGCAGACAGAGCAGAGGGCGAGCUUACUGGAGGACACCACGGCUGCGUAUCAAGAGCACGAGAAGAUGGGCCAGCAGCUGCGGAAACAGCUGGAGGCCGUGCGGGCAGAGCAGUCCCAGGUGAACGAGGAGACGCUGCCCGCGGAGGAGAAGCUCAAGCUGUAUCACUCCCUGGCGGGAAGCCUCCAGGACUCGGGGAUUCUGCUCAAACGCAUGGCCAUGCACCUCGAAGAUCUCGUCCCACACCUCAACCCCUCGGCUUAUGAGAAAGCCAAGCAGCAGAUCCAGGCCUGGCAGGAGGAGUUAACACUGCUGACUGCGGCCAUCGGCGCCACCGUGACCGAGUGUGAGAGCCGCAUGGUGCAGAGUAUAGACUUCCAGACCGAGCUGAGCCGCUCCCUGGCCUGGCUGAGGGGUGUGCAGGCGGAACUCAGCGGGCCCGUGUGCCUGGACCUGAACCUCCGGGACAUCCAGGAGGAGAUCAGGAAGGUCCAGAUUCAUCAGGAAGAGGUGCAGUCCAGCCUCAGGAUCAUGAAGGCCCUGAGCGACAAGGAGACGGAGAGACUCACCAGAGCCAAGGAGCUGAUUUCCGCCGACUUGCAGCACACGCUGGCCGAGCUCUCGGAGCUGGACGGAGACAUUCAGGAGGCUUUGCGCACUAGGCAGGCUACGUUGACUCAAAUAUAUAGUCAAUGUCAAAGGUACUAUCAAGUGUUUCAAGCCGCGAGCGACUGGCUUGAGGAUGCCCAGGAGAUGCUGCAGCUGGCAGGCAGCGGCCUGGACGUGGAGAGUGCGGAGGACAGUCUCAGAAGCCACACGGAGUUUUUCAGCGCAGAGGAUCAGUUCCAGAGCAACCUGGAGGAGCUCCACGGCCUGGUCGCCACCCUGGACCCACUCAUCAAGCCAACUGCCAAAGAGGAGCUCGCACAGAAAAUGACGGCCCUGGAGGACAAGAGCCGGAGGGUGAUCCAGGACUCCCACGCCCAGCUCGAUCUCUUGCGGAGGUGUGCGGCUCAGUGGCAGGAUUACCAGAAAGCAAGGGAAGAGGUUAUCGAAUUGAUGAAUGCUGCCGAAAAGAAGUUGUCUGAAUUUUCCUUACUGAAGACUUCUUCCAGUCGUGAAGCCGAAGAAAAACUGUCCGAGCACAAGGCUUUAGUGUCAGGGGUUCACUCCUUCCAUGAGAAAAUCGUGGCCCUGGAGGGUGAGGCUUCGCAGCUGGAGAAAGCUGGAAACGACGCCAGCAAAGCGACCAUCGGCAGGUCCAUGACCACCGUCUGGCAGCGCUGGGCGCGGCUCCGGGCGGUGGCCCAGGACCAGGAGAAGAUCCUGGAGGACGCGGUGGAUGCGUGGAAGAACCUCGGCAAGAAGAUUAAGAAAGCCACUGAUACGAUCAGUCAGCUAGAAGGUAAAUUACCAGAAAGUUCGGCAGAGAAAGCCUCAAAAGUGGAACUCCUAGCUCUCCUGGAGCAUCACGACACGUUCACCCUGGAGCUGGACCAGCAGCAGGCGGCCCUAGGCAUGCUGCGGCAGCAGGCGCUGAGCAUGCUCCCGGAUGGGGCCGCUCCACCCCCCGGGGAGGAGCCGCCCGCCAUGCAGGAAAUCACAGCCAUGCAAGAUCGGUGCCUGAACAUGCAGGAGAAAGUGAGGAGUCAGGGGAAGGUGGUGAAGCGAGAGCUGAAGGACCGAGAAGGGGUGGAGACUCAGAUCAAUUCUGUGAAAUCCUGGGUUCGGGAAACGAAGGAAUAUUUGGAGAAUCCAACAAUAGAAAUAGAUGCUCAACUUGAAGAACUUCAGAUUCUCCUAACAGAAGCCACAAAGCACCGACAGAACAUCGAGACAGUCGCCGAGGAGCAGAAGACCAAGUACUUGGGUCUUUAUGCUAUACUACCUUCUGAGCUCUCCCUGCAGCUAGCGGAGGUGGCAUUGAACCUAGGAACUGUCCAUGACCAGAUCCAGGACAGAGUAAAACAAAUUGAACAGAGCAAGGCCACAAGCCAGGAGUUCAGCCGGCAAAUUCAGAAGAUAACCAAAGAUCUCACAACUAUUCUAACUAAGCUGAGAGCAAAGACAGAUAACUUAGUUCAAGCUAAAGCUGACCAAAAGGUGCUAGGGGAGGAAUUGGAUGCCUGUAACUUAAAGUUAAUGGAGCUGGAUGGAGCAGUACAAAAGUUCUCGGAGCAGAAUGGCCAACUGGGUAAGCCGCUGACCAAGAAGGUCGGGAAACUGACGGAACUCCACCAGCAGACCAGCAGGCAGGCCGAGACUCGGUUCUUCAAGCUCAGCCAGGCAACAUCACAUUUAGAAGAAUACAAUGAACUGCUUGAAUUCAUUUUGAAGUGGAUUGACAAAGCUAAAGUAUUGGUACAUGCAAAGAUUGUGUGGAAUUCUGCAAAACAACUUCGGGAACAAUACAUUUCACAUCAGGCCAUGCUGGAAGAGUCUGAGGAAAUUCACAGCGAUCUGGAAGCGAUGACUGAGAAGUUGCAGCACCUCGCUAGCGUGUACUAUACCGAAAAGAUGUCUCAGCAAGUGGCCGACCUGGGACGGGAGGCGGAGGAGCUGCGGCAGAUGAUCAAGCUUCGUUUGCAGAAUCUCCAAGAUGCUGCCAAGGAUAUGAAACAAUUUGAAGCAGAGCUGAAACACCUACAAGUGGGUCUGGAGCAAGCCCAGACAACGCUGGCUUCCCCGGAAGUGGGACGCCUUAGUCUCAAGGAGCAACUCUCUCAUCGACAGCACCUGCUGUGUGAGGUGGAGUCGCUGAAGCCGAAGGUCCACGCUGUGCAGACCUGCCAGAGCGCGCUCCGCAUCCCCGAGGACGUGGUCACCAGCUUGCCGCUCUGCCACGCGGCCCUGCAGCUGCAGGAGGAGGCCAGCCGGCUGCAGCACGUGGCCAUCCAGCAGUGCAACGUCAUGCAGGAGGCUGUGAUGCAAUAUGAACAAUAUGAACAAGAGAUGCAGCGCCUCCAGGAGCUGAUAGAAGGAGCCCACAGAGAGAUCGAGGAUACGCCCGUGGCCACCAGCAACAUCCAGGAGCUGCAGGCCCAGAUUUCUCGGCACGAGGAGCUGGCUCAGAAAAUCAAAGGCUACCAGGAGCAGAUCGCCUCCUUGAACUCCAAGUGCAAGAUGCUGACAAUGAAAGCUAAGAACGCCACCAUGCUGCUGACGGUGACGGGCGUGGAGGGGCUGGCGGAGGACUUGGACCGGGAGCUCCUCCCAGCCACCUCCGCCCACCCCUCUGUGGUCAUGAUGACUGCAGGUCGCUGUCACACUCUGCUGUCACCUGUCACCGAGGAGUCUGGGGAGGAAGGAACCAGCAGUGAGAUCUCCUCUCCGCCUGCCUGUCGCUCCCCGUCUCCUGUGGCAAACACCGAAGCUUCUGUGAACCAGGAUAUUGCUUAUUACCAAGCCUUGUCUGCCGAGAGGUUGCAGACCGAUGCCGCGAGGAUCCAGCCCAGCGCGCUGCCACCCCAGGAGUUCUAUGAGCCAGGGCUGGAGCCCUCGGCGACCGCUAUGCUGGACAACCUGCAGCGUUCCUGGGAAACUUUAAAGAACGUGAUCAGUGAAAAGCAGCGCACGCUCUAUGAAGCUCUGGAACGCCAGCAGCGGUACCAGGACUCCCUCCAGGCCAUCUCCACGAAGAUGGAGGCCAUCGAGCUGAAACUCGGUGAGAAUCUGGAGCCGGGCCGGAGUCCAGAGAGCCAGAUGGCUGAGCAUCAGGCACUGAUGGAUGAGAUCCUCAUGCUCCAAGAUGAAAUCAGCGAGCUGCAGGCAUCCCUCGCAGAAGAGCUGGUGUCUGAGUCCCCGGAGUCUGACCCCGCAGAGCAACUGGCCUUGCAGUCCACGCUCACCGUCUUGGCAGAGCGCAUGUCCACCAUCAAGAUGAAGGCGUCAGGGAAACGACAGCUUUUGGAGGAGAAGUUAAAUGAUCAGCUGGAGGAACAGAGGCAGGAACAGGCCCUGCAGAGGUACCGCUCUGAAGUCGACAAGCUGGACCACUGGCUCUUAAGCACUAAGGCCACUCUGGACGUCGCGCUGGGCACCUCCACGGAGCCCAUGGACAUGGAGGCCCAGCUGGUGGACUGCCAGAACAUGCUGGUGGAAAUAGAGCAGAAGGUGGCGGCCCUGUCGGAGCUCUCUGUCCACAAUGACAACCUGCUCCUGGAGGGCAAGGCCCACACGAAGGACGAGGCCGAGCAGCUGGCCGUGAAGCUGAGAACCCUCAAGGGGAGUCUCCUGGAGCUUCAGAGAGCCCUGCAGGACAAGCAGCUGAACAUCCAGGGAGCAGCGCAAGAGAAGGAGGAUAGCGACGGUGACCCAGCUGCCACCCAGAGGCCUGGUGUCCAGGACUGGCUGGCCCAAGCUCGCUCCACAUGGGCCCUCCAGCGACAGAGCAGCCUCCAGCAACAAAAAGAGUUGGAGCAGGAGUUAGCAGAGCAGAAGAGCCUUCUCCGGUCAGUAGCCAGCCGUGGAGAGGAAAUCCUCACCCAGCACUCAGCGGCAGAGACCUCUGGUGGUGCAGGUGAAAACCCUGCUGUGUCAUCCCAGGAGUUGGGGAUGGAGGGAGAGCAGGCCCCUGUGGAAGGCCAGAUGCGGAUGAAGUGGGAGAGCCUCCAGCAGGAAGUCAGUGCCAAGCAGAGGCUGCUGCGGGACGCCCUGGCGCAGGAACAAGAGCAAGUGCUUUUCAGCAGGCCAAACCGGCUCCUGGCUGGCGUGCCCCUGUACAAAGGAGACGGGCCGGCCCACGAUAAAUCGGCAGUGACGUCCUUGCUCGAUGGGUUGAACCAGGCCUUUGAGGAGGUCUCAUCCCAGGGCGGAGGAACAAAGAAGCAGAACAUUCACUUGGAGCAGAAGUUAUAUGAUGGAGUCUCGGCGACCUCUACGUGGCUGGAUGAUGUUGAAGAACGUUUACUUUUUGCCACAGCCCUCACACCAGAAGAAACCGAGACUUGCCUCUUCAACCAAGAGACUCUUGCCAAAGAUAUUAAGGAAAUGUCUGAAGAGAUGGAUAAGAACAAGAACUUGUUUUCCCAAGCAUUUCCGGAGAACAGUGAUAACCGCGAUGUUAUUGAAGACACUUUGGGGUGUCUUUUGGGGAGGUUGUCCUUGUUAGACUCAGUAGUAAAUCAACGAUGUCAUCAGAUGAAGGAAAGACUUCAGCAAAUACUAAAUUUCCAGAACGAUCUGAAGGUGCUGUGUACGUCGCUGGCUGACAGUAAAUACAUGCUUCUGCAGAAACUGGCCAAUGUGUUUGAACAGCCCGUGGCGGAGCAAAUAGAGGCAAUACAGCAGGCUGAAGAUGGGCUGAAGGAAUUGGAUGCAGGAAUCGCUGAAUUAAAAAAGCGUGGUGACAAGUUGCAGAUUGAGCAGCCCGCCCUGCAAGAACUCUCCAGACUCCAGGACAUGUAUGAUGAACUGAUGAUGACCAUCGGCUCUCGGCGGAGUGGACUGAACCAGAACCUAGCGUUCAAGAGCCAGUACGAAAGGGCCCUGCAAGAUCUGGCCGACCUGCUGGAAACUGGACAAGAGAAGAUGGCCGGCGACCAGAAAAUGAUCGUGUCUUCCAAAGAGGAAGUCCAACAGCUCCUUGACAAACAUAAGGAAUACUUCCAGGGUCUGGAAUCUCACAUGAUUUUGACGGAAACGCUCUUCAGAAAGAUAAUCAGCUUUGCAGUCCUGCAGGAAACUCAACUGCACGCAGAAGUGAUGGCGCAGGCUUCCGCGGUCCUGAAAGGGGCUCACAAAAGGGGCGUGGAGCUGGAGUACAUUCUAGAGACGUGGUCUCAUCUGGAUGAGGACCAGCAGGAGCUCCGCAGGCAGCUGGAGGUGGUGGAGAGCAGCAUCCCCAGCGUGGGGCUGGUGGAGGAGAGCGAGGACAGGCUCAUGGACCGGAUCACACUCUACCAGCAUUUGAAAUCCAGCCUUAAUGAAUACCAGCCCAAAUUAUAUCAGGUGUUAGAUGAUGGGAAGCGCCUUCUGAUAUCCAUUAGCUGCUCAGAUCUGGAGAGCCAGCUGAACCAGCUCGGAGAACACUGGCUGAAUAGUACCAACAAAGUGUCUAAGGAACUUCACAGAUUGGAAACGAUAUUGAAACACUGGACCAGAUAUCAAAGUGAGUCUGCGGCUCUAACUCACUGGUUACAGUCCGCAAAAGACAGGCUGGAAUUUUGGACUCAGCAAUCUGUGACCGUCCCCCAAGAACUGGAGAUGGUCCGUGAUCAUCUGAACGCUUUCCUGGAGUUUUCCAAAGAAGUGGAUGCCAAAUCCUCCCUGAAAUCGUCUGUUCUAAGCACCGGGAACCAGCUCCUUCGCUUAAAGAAAGUGGACACGGCCGCCCUGCGUUCCGAGCUGUCGCACAUAGACGGCCAGUGGACGGACCUGCUGACCAAUAUUCCGACGGUCCAGGAAAAGCUCCACCAGCUCCAAAUGGAUAAGCUGCCCUCGCGCCAUGCCAUUUCGGAAGUCAUGACUUGGAUCUCUCUCAUGGAGAAUGUCAUUCAAAAGGAUGAAGAGGAUAUAAAAAAUGCCACAGGCUACAAGGCCAUCAAUGAGUACCUUCAGAAAUAUAAGGGCUUUCAGAUAGACAUUAACUGUAAGCAGCUGACAGUGGACUUUGUGAACCAGUCUGUGCUGCAGAUCAGCACCCAGGAUGUGGAGAGCAAGCGCAGCGAUAAGACCGACUUUGCGGAGCAACUCGGAGCGAUGAAUAAAAGCUGGCAGGUCCUGCAGGGCCUCGUAGCUGAGAAGAUCCAGCUGUUGGAAGGCUUAUUGGAAUCGUGGUCAGAAUAUGAAAACAAUGUACAAGGUAUGAAAACUUGGUUUGAAACCCAGGAAAAGAGGCUAAAACAGCAGCAUCGAGUCGGAGACCAGGCUUCAGUCCAGAACGCAAUGAAAGACUGUGAGGAUCUAGAAGAUUUGAUUAAAGCCAAAGAAAAAGAGGUGGAGAAGAUUGAACAGAGUGGACUUGCUUUGAUUCAGGACAAGAAAGAAGAAGUGUCUGGUGCUGUCGUGAGCACGCUGCGGGAGCUCAAGCAAACCUGGGCGCAUUUAGACCACAUGGCUGGGCAGUUAAAGGUACUGCUGAGGUCCGUGCACGACCAGUGGAGCCAGCACAAGGCGGCCUCCGAUGAGAUCAACAGCGGCCUCCUGGAGGCCAGGUACUCCCUCUCCCGCUUCCGCCUGCUGAUCGGCUCCUUGGAAGCUGUGCAAGUUCAGGUAGACAAUCUUCAGAAUCUUCAAGAUGAUCUAGAGAAACAGGAAAAGAGCUUACAGAAAUUUGACUCUGUCACCAACCAGCUGUUAAAACAGUGCCACCCACCUGUGACGGAAACUCUUACCAGCACCUUAAAGGAAGUCACCAUGAGAUGGAACAACUUGCUGGAAGAGGUGGCGGAGCAGCUGCAGGCCAGCAGGGCCCUCCUGCAGCUGUGGCGGCGGCACCGGGACUACUCGGCGCAGUGCGCCUCCGCGGUCCAGCAGCAGGCGGGCCGCACCCAGGAGCUGCUGAAGGCGGCCGCCAGCAAGGACAUCGCCGAUGACGAAGUGGCUACGUGGGUUCACGAUUGCAGUGACCUCCUCAGAGGUCUGGGCACCGUUAAGGAUUCCCUGUUUGUUCUCCAUGAACUGGGGGAGCAACUCAAGCAACAGGUGGAUGCUUCCGCAGCAGCAGCCAUUCACUCGGACCAGCUGUCUCUGAGUCAACACUUGUGUGCCCUGGAGCAGGCUCUUUGCAAACAGCAGACCGUGUUACAGGCUGGAGUUCUUGACUAUGAAACCUUUACCAAGAGUUUGGAAGCUUUGGAGGCCUGGAUAGUAGAAGCUGAAGAAAUACUUCAAGGGCAGGACCCCAGCCACUCAUCUGACCUCUCGACCAUCCAGGAGAGGAUGGAAGAGCUGAAGGGACAGAUGUUAAAAUUCAGCAGCAUGGCCCCAGAUUUGGACCGUCUGAAUGAGCUUGGCUACAGGCUACCCCUGAAUGACAAGGAAAUCAAAAGGAUGCAGAGUCUGAAUCGGCACUGGUCUCUCAUCUCCUCUCAGACCACAGAGAGAUUCAGCAAGUUGCAGUCAUUUUUGCUACAACAUCAGACUUUCUUGGAAAAAUGUGAAACAUGGAUGGAAUUCCUGGUUCAGACGGAGCAAAAAUUAGCCGUCGAGAUUUCAGGCAAUUAUCAGCAUCUUUUGGAGCAGCAGAGAGCCCAUGAGUUGUUUCAAGCAGAGAUGUUCAGUCGUCAACAGGUUUUGCACUCGAUCAUUACUGAUGGGCAGCGUCUUCUGGAACAAGGUCAAGUUGAUGACAGGGAUGAGUUCAACCUGAAACUGACCCUCCUCAGUCAUCAGUGGCAGGGAGUCAUCCGCAGGGCCCAGCAAAGGAGAGGCAUCAUCGACAGCCAGAUCCGCCAGUGGCAGCGCUACAGGGAGAUGGCAGAGAAGCUCCGCAAGUGGCUGGUUGAGGUGUCCUACCUGCCCGUGAGCGGUCUCGGGAGCGUCCCCAUACCACUGCAGCAGGCGCGGACGCUCUUCGAUGACGUGCAGUUCAAAGAGAAAGUGUUCCUGCGGCAACAAGGCAGCUACAUCCUGACCGUGGAGGCGGGCAAGCAGCUGCUGCUCUCUGCUGACAGCGGGGCGCAGGCCGCCUUGCAGGCCGAGCUCACGGAAAUCCAGGAGAAGUGGAAAGCUGCCAGCGUGCGUCUGGAGGAGCAGAAGAAAAAGCUGGCCUUCUUGUUGAAAGACUGGGAGAAGUGUGAGAGUGGAAUAGCUGAGUCUCUGGAGAAGCUGCGAACUUUCAAAAAGAAGCUUUCCCUGCCCCUGCCGGACCACCAGGAAGAGCUCAUUGCGGAGCAGAUGCGCUGCAAGGAAUUGGAAACUGCAGUGGGCAGCUGGACAGAUGACUUGGCACAAUUGACGUUACUGAAGGACACCCUCUGUGCCUACAUCAGCGCUGAUGACGUGUCCAUGCUGAACGAACGCGGGGAGCUUCUGCAGAGGCAGUGGGAAGAACUGUGCCGCCAGCUCUCCCUACGGCGGCAGCAGGUCAGCGAGAGACUGAAUGAAUGGGCCGUCUUCAGUGAGAAGAACAAGGAGCUGUGCGAAUGGCUGACGCAGAUGGAGAGCAAAGUUUCCCAGAAUGGAGACAUCCUCAUUGAGGAAAUGAUUGAGAAGCUCAAGAAGGAUUAUCAAGAGGAAAUUGCUAUUGCCCAAGAGAACAAAAUACAGCUCCAGCAAAUGGGAGAGCGACUCGCUAGAGCCAGCCACGAGAGCAAGGCCUCGGAGAUCGAAUACAAGCUGGGCAAGGUCAAUGACCGGUGGCAGCAUCUCCUGGACCUCAUGGCAGCCAGGAUCAAGAAGCUGAAGGAGACUCUGGUGGCGGUCCAGCAGCUGGAUAAGAACAUGAGCAGCCUGAGGACCUGGCUGGCUCACAUUGAGUCAGAGCUGGCCAAGCCCAUCGUCUAUGAUUCCUGCAACUCGGAAGAAAUACAGAAGAAGCUCCAGGAGCAGCAGGACCUUCAGAGAGACAUAGAGAAGCACAGCACGGGCGUGGCUUCCGUCCUCAACCUGUGUGAGGUCCUGCUGCAUGACUGUGACGCGUGUGCCACCGACGCCGAGUGUGACUCCAUCCAGCAGGCCACGCGGAAUCUGGACCGGCGAUGGAGAAAUAUCUGUGCCAUGUCCAUGGAAAGAAGGCUCAAAAUUGAAGAGACAUGGCAGUUGUGGCAGAAGUUUCUGGAUGACUAUUCGCGUUUUGAAGAUUGGCUCAAGACUUCCGAAAGGACAGCCGCCUUCCCCAGCUCUUCCGGGGUGCUCUAUACAGUUGCCAAGGAAGAACUGAAGAAAUUCGAGGCUUUCCAGCGGCAGGUGCACGAGAGCCUGACCCAGCUGGAGCUGAUCAACAAGCAGUACCGCCGCCUGGCCAGAGAGAACCGCACCGACUCCGCCUGCAGCCUAAAGCAGAUGGUCCACGAAGGCAACCAGCGAUGGGACAACCUGCAGAAGCGCGUCAGCUCCAUCUUGCGCAGACUCAAGCAUUUCAUUGGCCAGCGUGAGGAGUUUGAGACGGCACGGGACAGCAUUCUGGUGUGGCUGACGGAGAUGGAUUUACAGCUCACUAAUAUUGAGCAUUUUUCCGAGUGUGAUGUUCACGCUAAAAUAAAGCAGCUCAAGGCCUUCCAGCAGGAAAUUUCACUGAACCACAACAAGAUCGAGCAGAUCAUUGCCCAAGGAGAGCAGCUGAUUGAGAAGAGCGAGCCCUUGGACGCGGCGAUCAUCGAGGAGGAGCUGGACGAGCUGCGGCGCUACUGCCAGGAGGUCUUCGGGCGCGUGGAGAGAUACCACAAGAAGCUGAUCCGCCUGCCUCUCCCAGACGAUGAGCACGACCUCUCUGACCGGGAGCUGGAGCUGGAGGACUCGGCAGCUCUCUCAGACCUCCGCUGGCAUGACACCUCCGCGGACAGCGUGCUGUCCCCCCAGCCUUCCUCCAACCCCUCCCUCUCCCUCGCCCAGCCCCUCCGGAGCGAGCGGUCAGGACGAGACACCCCUGCCAGUGUGGACUCCAUCCCCCUGGAGUGGGACCAUGACUAUGACCUCAGUCGUGACCUGGAGUCUGCCGUGUCCAGAACUCUGCCCUCUGAGGAUGAAGAGGAUCAGGAAGACAAAGAUUUCUACCUCAGGGGAGCUGUUGGCUUAUCAGAUGUCAUGAUCCCCGAAAGCCCCGAGGCCUAUGUAAAACUCACAGAAAGUGCCAUCAGAAAUACUUCUGGGGAUCCCAGUGCCUUAGAGUCACAGAUCCGACAACUGGGCAAAGCCUUGGACGACAGCCGCCUUCGGAUGCAGGAAACAGAAGAUAUCAUCCGCAGCAAAACUCCCACAGGACCAGAGCUGGAUGCCAGCUACCGCGGCUACAUGAAACUGCUGGCGGAGUGCAGCGGCAGCAUCGACUCGGUGAGGAGGCUGGAGCACCAGCUGAAGGAGGAAGAGGAGAACUUCCCCGGCUUCGUGAACCUGAACAGCACUGAAGCCCAGACGGCCGGUGUGAUUGACCGGUGGGAGCUCAUCCAGGCGCAGGCCCUGAGCAAGGAGCUGCGGAUGAAACAGAACCUCCAGAAGUGGCAGCAGUUCGGCUCUGACCUGAACAACAUCUGGACCUGGCUGGGGGCGACGGAGGAGGAGCUGGAGCGGCUCCGGCGCCUGGAGCUCAGCACCGACAUCCAGUCCAUUGAGCUGCAAAUCAAAAAGCUCAAGGAGCUGCAGAAAGCCGUGGAUCACCGCAAAGCCAUCAUCCUCUCCAUCAACCUGUGCAGCUCCGAGUUCACGCAGACGGGCGGCGAGGAGAGCCAGGCCCUGCAGGACCGCCUGUCCCAGAUGAACGCGCGCUGGGACCGGGUGUGCUCCCUGCUGGAGGAGUGGCGGGGCCUGCUCCAGGGCGCGCUGAUGCAGUGUCAGGAUUUCCAUGAGAUGAGUCAUGGCUUGCUUCUCAUGCUGGAGAACAUCGACAGGAGGAAAAAUGAAAUUGUUCCUAUCGAUCCUCACCUCGGUGCAGAAAUACUGCAGGACCAGCACAAGCAGCUGACGCAAAUAAGGCAGGAGCUCUUGGAAUCCCAGCUCAAAGUGGCCUCGCUGCAAGACAUGUCUUGCCAGCUGCUGGUGAACGCUGAAGGCACAGACUGCUUAGAAGCCAAAGAAAAGGUCCAUGUGAUUGGAAAUCGGCUCAAACUGCUCUUGAAGGAGGUCGGUCGUCACCUCAAGGAGCUGGAGAAGUUACUGGACAUGUCGAGCAGUCAGCAGGAUCUGUCCUCCUGGUCUUCUGCUGAUGAACUGGACACCUCGGGAUCUCUGAGUCCUACGUCAGGAAGAAGCACCCCAAACAGACAGAGAACGCCACGAGGCAAAUGUAGUCUCUCACAGCCUGGACCCUCUGUCAACAGUCCACAUAGCAGGUCCAUAAAAGGUGGCUCCGAUUUCUCCCUUUCUGAGCCUCAGCCAGCUCGGCCGGGCCGAGGUUUCCUGUACAGGGUGCUCAGAGCAGCCCUUCCCCUUCAGCUGCUCCUGCUGCUCCUCAUCGGGCUCGCCUGCCUGGUACCAAUGUCCGAGGAAGACUACAGCUGUGCCCUCUCCAACAAUUUCGCCCGAUCAUUCCAUCCCAUGCUCAGAUACACGAACGGCCCUCCUCCCCUCUGAAGCAAGCAGAUGCCAUCUGCAGCGGUGCUGGCCGUGUAAGGAGGGUUUAGCCCAAAGCCAACCCAAACUAGCGAAAGGAGCACCUGAAUGCUGGCGAAGGCCUUCGGAGUGGUGGCGUUAGCCACGUGUCCAAAUCAUGGCUUUGGAGGUGAAUGAUAAACAAUGACCGAAGGAGAGCAAAUAGAAGAAGGUGUGGAAGAAAUGUUGUUUGAAACUCUGAGCCUCAGUACUAAAGAGAUGAAGUACCUCCAACGUCCCCUGGAUGCGUGUGUCCUGGGCCUUUGGCCCAUUCUAUGCACACCCAGGACUGUAGCACACCAUCCGGGCAAGUUUCCCGCGGUGUGCCCCAUCCAUUCAUUAAAUGACACCACCUGAGCGCCACGUUGGUAUCGAACGAUCUACCAACCAACCAGUGCUAAGCCUUGUAACAUACAAUUUUGAAAAGCUUACAUGGCAGCUUUCUUUUUGCCUGUUUUUUCUUUGGGGCAUGAUAUUCUAACCUUUGCUUUAGAAGCACAAGCUGUAAAUCUAAAAGGCACUUUUUUAAAAAGUAUAAAGAAAAACUGGAUGUAAUAAAUAAAAUCAUGGAAGGAUUUAUGUGAAAAAAAGUUGAAUGUUAUAGUAAAAAAAAAAAAGAUAUUUAUGUAUGUACAGUUUGCUAAAGCCAAGUUUUGUUUGUAUUGAUUUCUUUGCAUUUAUUAUAGAUACUAUAAAAUA